CAAUCCUCGCCUCCUUAUGAUAACCAUCGCGCGACCAACCUCCACCCCACCUCGUCAGCUCCACGCAAAAGAAAAAAUGCAAUCCGCACGAUAAAGAAAAACACGACGGUUCGACCUCGCUCCCACGCUUCCCCGACGAUAAAGAACGAAAAAACAUCCACGAGCGCACACGUCGCACGCCCCAUCUCCCACAAACCCCCCUCUCUCUCCGGAGAAACUUGCCGCCGCCGUCCAACCCGAAUCAGCCGCUCUCCCUCGUGCUCCUGGCCGCCAACGCCCUCAAGCCGUGGCACCAGGCGAUGCUGCCUCCGGCUCCGAGCCUCCGACACCUCCCUCCUGACCGGUGCUCGCUGGCAGUCACGUCGUCCAAGCCCAAGAUGAAGGCCAGCCCCGAAUCCCUCUUCGGUUCCUCGUCGCCAUCCGGCAGCAAAGGGUCUCUCUCCCAUCGCAAUCAGCCGUGGCUUCCUCUAGCCCUCCUCACUGCUGACACCAAGACCAGAUCCACGCCGUGGGAGGUGUCCGCCGUCGGCGACCUGAGGAACAUCGCCACCUCGAGCCUCAACCUCAACUCGCUCAAGCAUAGCCUUGACGCGCUCCAUGGCGACUCCGCCUGUGACCUCGAGGCCUCCCACUCCCGAAUCUCCAAGCGCAUCAAGAUGCAGAGCUGGCGGAGAAGGAGCAUAGGAAGAUGUUCGAGAAGAUUGCCGAUCGAGGAGAUGAAGUUUGCAAGAUGACCUUACCUGAGAUGGCAAAGUCCGUGGCCAGAGUUAUUGAUGGCUUGCGCAGUCGCUACAACAUCCCACCUACGCGAGCUUAGCAUAGGUGUCUUAGUUGGUUACCAAAGUGUUGUGGUUCCUUGGUUCCACCUCCUCCUUCGCCAUCUACUACGGCACCUGCGAGCUCGUCGAGUCAGUGCUCUCCGCCCAUUCGUGCCCUCUUCGUCGGUUCGCUCCUGUCCUGCACAACAUGUACCUUGCCGGAUGCCUUCGGUGCCCCACUCCUGAUCAGGUGUAUCAUGCAGCACCUGAUCGAUGCACCAAACUACAAAAGGGCCCAGUGGUGGACUGGUGGGGAGGAUGCAUCCAUGCGGAAGGUCAUUACAGAGGAAUUCUAGGUGAAUCGUACCAAGGAUCCUGCACAACGCGAGCCUUGCUGUUGUACGCCUUCGAGACAUCGAGGCUACGGUAAAGAUGGAAUCAUUUCCUUCAGGAAGGUAACCUCUUGUUUUGGAUAGUGCAGUUUUCUUGAAGCUACCUAGCUAGGUAUAAUGAAGAUGAUGGGUUCGUUUCAGCAUAGUUUCUGUUUCAGUUAUUGAGUUCUUUGAAGGCUACAACAAUUAUAAUAUGAACCAAUUGUGAAUCUCUCAUUUGCUUUGAUUAGUUGUAAGUUGUUCUGUGGCAUACAAUUUCAGACUGGUGCAUGUGAUUACAAUGAAAGUGCACAUACAUGAUUUUUUAGUGUUCCCCACUAACUGAAAGCAUAUUGUUGGAGUAAAAGCUCUCCACUACAGUACCAUCCAUACGGAAAUAACAAACAUGCAAACACUCAGACUAACAAUUGGAUAUAGUUCUUUAUGUAUUUAUUAGUGCAAUCUUCUUGUCAUUGUUUUAAAGAUUGCAUAUGUAUAUGUGUGACUAGAGGUUAUGCCUUAUAAGUGUUUCCGUUGAUUCGGGAAAUGCAAGUAAGGUGUACAUGUUAGUUUUCAGUGUUCAUUGUAAUUUUCUUGUCUUGGACGUAAUUUAGAUAUGAGAUAUUGGACUUUGAUUCUGCAUUGAAUUUAUUAACGCUCUAGAGUCCACCCUACCUAAAAAAAUCGCCCUCCGCCACUGAUGUACACCACAACUUUACCUUGGAAGUAUAUAUGGGUAUGGUGUGCAGUGCACACAAAUGAGGACUACGGCCUAUGGAAUAGGUGUUCCUGGACCUGCUUCCAUGUCAAGUCAUGUGAGAUUUGAUCAAAACAUGUUUCAGGUAUAUUCACCAUGGAACUUUUUUUAUUAAUUUGAUGAGAUCGAUUACUUCUGCUACCAUUUGAUUCUGUAGGAAGGAUACAUGCAUCGUUUUUGCUCAGGCGAUGGAUCUGGAAGAGAUGGGGUACUUGUUCAUGUGUCAUGCUCGUUCAAGAGCCUCUCAUUGCUCAUUCCACAAAGAGGCAAAUGAGAACCAUGUCUAUAUGAAUGGAGAAGAUGUAGGCUUAUUCCCAUAAAAUCUUGUUCAGCAGCCCAACAACAGAUAGAAAAGAUGACAUGGACCACGAUAAAGAUUUAAGAAUCUUUCAGUUCAAAUGUCUCUCCUGCAGCCAUUGUUUCUAGAGGAGAUAGCUCUGAUGACUUAAGGGUGUCACAGGCUAAUGGUGCUGAGCCCCCAAAAUGUUUUGUAGUCAAUGGAUAUUUCUGAUAAAAACAUUAGUUAU